AACGGAAAUAAUGCUCCCUUCGAGACGAGUGAGAGCGCAUCAAUUCAGCAGCUGUGUCUUGUUAAUGGCUAUCUAGGUCAGAUUUGGGAAUUGUAACCAUUGAUGAAACAUGAUGCAAUCGGACACUUUGUUGCACGUCGCCAAUGUUUCCACAUUGUUGGUGUGCAUGGUGCUGAAGUUCCCGCAAAUCUUCGUACUGUUGCGGGCAAAAUCCACGACAGGACUCAGCAUUAAAAGUCUUGUGCUGGAACUUAUCGGGCCUCUGCUGUGGUACAUUGUGUUCGUUACAUACCAGAUGUAUUAUGACUACCCGCCGCCAACUUACCUGGAAUAUCCAAUUCUCAUUGCUCAAGAUGUCGUUCUUCUGCUCUUGAUUCUUCUCUACGGCGGCAGACUUCAGGACAGCCUUCUGUACAGUGUUGUCUUUGUCGUGGGUUGGCGGCUCCUCACAGUGGAAAAAUGGAUCAUCGAUUUUGCAAUGAACCUGUGCACGUUCAUUAGUGCAGCCAGUAAGUUUGCCCAACUGCAAUGCCUGUGGAGGUCAAAGGAUGCUGGACAGGUGAGCGCCCUCACCUGGGCGCUGGCCACCUACACGUGUAUGACACGGAUUUACACCACCGUAGUGACAACUGGAGACAUGCAAGUUCUGGUGCGGUUCAUUGCCAUGACCUUGCUGAACCUGUGGGUGCUUCUCAGCGUGCUCUAUUACCGAAGACAUGGGUGCAGCCCCAUCAAAGAAGACUGAGCACUUUAGAGAGCAAUGUUCCAACACUGUUUCUUGCAAGAUUAAACCUGGUGGUUACAACUGUUGAGUAAAUAGCUUUUCUACCUGUAAAAUGUGCUUUUAACUCCCGUUAUUAUUUUUACAAUAACAUUCCAAUGUCCAGAAAAAAGAACACACACCCAUAUUUUAUUACACUGUAAAUAGUGUUGUGUAGUGGGACAGGACAAAAUGACCAUUCUUAUAUGUUAAGUCCUUUUCAGAACAAUAUUUAAAUAAACUGUACUUUUAUUGCC